AUGAAAUGCUUCAGCCUGCAGGUGGAUGUCCUUGGAGGUGGCAGAGAGAUAGGGCGGUCCUGCAUCAUAGUCUCGUGGAUACCGAUUGGGCAGACUGGAACGACCAAACCCAAUGUUCAGGAGUACGGCCGGAGAACUGCGGAAGCAGGCGGCAGCAAGGCGGCUCUGAGCGUCAUGUUCGACUGCGGCAUCCACCUCGGCCCAACUACGGAGAAGUACCCCGACUUCCGGCGCUGGCUUGGCCUUCCAGCCCACUCGCCCCUCAGUGAAGUCGGGGCAUUGCUUACGGAGAAAGUCUCCUGUGUGCUGCUCACACACUUCCAUCUCGACCACAUCGGUGCCGUCCCGUACCUCUUGCAGAAAUGCGGUUACAAAGGCCCCAUCUAUGCCACCUCCGCUACGCGCGAGCUGUCCAAACUGGUUUUGGGAGACAUGCAAGGUGGUAUUACGCACCAUAAUUCAGCCCCGCUAACCAGCAUUAAUCCACUACAGACCGGCAACCCGCUACAAGAAAACCUAGCGACCGGGGGCCCUGUGCAAGGGGCUCCUUUACAGAGCGGGGACAACUCGACGGAGUUUCAGGUGGAGUCGCCGGCCAAAACGUUGCAGGAGGUGAAGAGCAUUUCCGUCGGUGAGCGGUUGGUGCUGCCGCAGCCGGCAGGCGAUUUGAGUGUAAUGGCACAUAAGGCGGGGCACGUGCUCGGUGCUGUUAUGUUCGAAGUGGAGUUGGGUCACACGCGUUGCCUGUAUACCGGCGACUUCAACAGUAACCGAGAGUAUUUGGUAGACGAACUUCGGUCACCAUCCGCGAGCCGCAGCACCCUGGCUCGAAUCCCGCCGACAGUCGACACCUCUCUCUCCUCCCUCUCUCCCUCGGUCGCCGGGUUGGACUUGGUGAUUUGCGAAGGGACAUACGCUAUCCACCACAAGGACUCUAGGCCGAGCAUUGACCGGGAAAUGUCGCACGUGGUCGGACAAACACUGAAGAACAAGGGCAAGGUCUUGGUGCCUUGUUUCUCAGUCGGCAAGGCGCAGGAGAUCUUGGCAGUUAUGAUUAAGGGACUUGUGGACUACGGCUUUUCCCUCGAUGAGGUGCCGGUCUACAUCGGUGGUUACCUGGGCCAGCGAGCGAACGAUCUGCAUCAGCACUUCAUUGAAGGGACCGCGCACACCGACCUGCCCGUGCAACCCGUUCGAUGGCCGUCCUUCUUCACUGAAGACGCUAUCUCCUGGCGAGAAAGGGAGAGAGAGAGACAGACUGGGGGCCGGAAGACCUCCAGCGAGACGACCAAUGGCGACGAGACGGCCAAUGGCGACGAGACGACCAAUGGCGACGAGUCGACCAAGGGCGCCGACGGGACGACCGGCGAGACGACAGAAGGGUUGGACGAGUUGAAGGCGGAGAUUGUGGGCAUCAUGGAGGACCUGGAGAUACCGCUGUGUCCGAGCGGAGAGAUCUUGGGUGGAGAGGCUACAGACCAGAGUCGCGGUUCGAAAAAUCAGGUCCGGCGAUUGGGGGACAGGUGGGUGGAUCGGAAUGAGGAGGUGGCUCGGCACGUACACGAUUUGGCAGUGUCUAGGACGGCGCACCCAGUGAAUGAAGGGUUUUCGAGUCAGGGAGUAUUGGGUCAGGUGAUGACAUCGGUGCGGCAAUUUGAACCGGAGUUUGCGGAGGACGAGCGGCCUGGGAUUGUGUUUGCAUCGCCGAGUAUGUUGACGGGAGGACUGUCGCUUAAGUUGUUCCGGCGCUGGUGUGGGGGUGCUAACAACUUGGUGAUUUUCACGGGCAAAUGCGUGGCGGGCACACUUGGCGCACAGGUGAGCAAUGGCGCCAAAUCCGUCUCAAUCGACGGCGUCAAUACUCCCGUCAGCUGCAAGGUCCGAUACUUCCCAUUCGCCAACCAUGUCGGCCAUACCGGUCUCAAACGCUUCGUCGAACAACAACGACCCGCCACCGUCGUACUCGUACACGGCGAUUCUGAAGGCCUCCUCACUCUCGGCAAAAUGCUCUGCGACGAAGCCCACAUUACCGUACACUGUCCAGGCAACCACGACUCCCUCCUCCUACCACCUCCUACCACAUCCAAUACUCUCACUACCGCACAGCACCUCACGCAAACCAACAAACGAGCACGCACCAUACACACCAAUUCCGACGUCUUACGACCCGAGGCACCGCUGCAUUCCGACACCCUGGCCCAGAGUUCUGGUCCACCUCAAGGUUCAGCCCCCCAAACCCAAGGCUACCUAUGUUGGCGCGAGAAAAAUAAGUUAUACGUGAUACCCGGCGCAGCGGAGCGACUACUGCGGCGCGUGGCACUACAAACGCUCCUCCGUGACCCACCGGUUUGUCCCGACGUAGAGAAAUGGCUGGCGCCGCUGUGUGCGCCUGACGGCGCUUCCGAAGACGGGGAACUCAGCGAUGAAGAGGAAGGCGCUGCCUCCGAAGAUUACGUCGUCCUCCUCAAGGAACAGUUCAAGGCAAUGCUCAAACACGAACCUGAACCCGUUCCUGGACCCGGGCCCGUUUCCCGACCCGGACCCGUACCAGUACCUGCACCCGUUCAGUUCCCCCAAACGGUGCCGACUACUACUGGACCCCCAAUGAUGACCCCGAGCUCCACCCCGACUUCGACCCAAACGUUGGCGAAGCGCGAAUUGGCGCGUUCCUUCGCCUGGAUUUAUCUCGACGACUGGCGUCGUGCACUGAACGCACUUGCUACGGACCAAGAUGCCUGCCGCCGACUCGGUGUCGGAUACCUCGAGCGCGACGGGCUCGGUAUCCUCGCUGUGCUACACUUCAAACUUGUCGUUGUCGUGGGUGGAAACAGCAAACAACGCCGCGCGCUCUGUGCCUGGUGGAACGACCAUGUCGCUCAGGCUCAGAAUCAACAUCGCGACCAGCCUCUCUCCGGUCUUGUAGGGUCUGGUCUUGCAGGGUCUGGUCUUGCAGGGUCUGGUCUUGCAGGGUCUGGUCUUGCAGGGUCUGGUCUUGCAGGGUCUGGUGUGGGUGCUGACCUAGGCCUCGACGCCGGUCUCGGUCUCGGUUUAGAGAUUUCUGUUCCGCAGCCUGCGGGAUUCGGGACUAUGUCGGGCGCCUUUCAGUCGCCGUACGGCGCGGCGGCUGCGCUCUACGGAGGACCAACCGCGGUUUACGGUGGCCCGGGAGUGGGAGGGGGAGUGGGAACCGGUGUGUGUGGACAGGAUUCGAUCUUCGGAACAAGUGUCGCGGACGUGCCAACGACCGUGCUGCCGGCGACCUGGGACGUGGAGGACGAAGAGGAGGGCGCGGUCGACGAGGAAGAGGGUGCGGUGGCAGAAGAUACGCCGACUCCGGACCCAUUUGGUCACGCUAGGAUCGUCCCGCCGUUUCUGGCCAGCUUAGUGUCUAACAACUCGGGAGUGCUUUCUGACUCUGGUAGGGGGGUGAUAAUCCCGCCGGGAUUGCCGGACGCGAAGGUGGUAGGGUUGGAAGCUGCGGAGUUGGAGCUGGUGAAUAGUGGUGAGUUCAAGUACUUGGCGGACCUGGAGGCGUCGGGUGCAGCCGCAGGUUUUGUCUCGCCGCUGGUGAUGACAGUCGAAUCGCGCAGUUUACCAGCGCUGCAGAGUGGCGCCAUGGCUGCCUUCUGGCAGGCGCUAGUCGCUGGUUGCCAGGCCCUCAAACACCUCUCCGCCGUCCACAGCUUCGUCCCCGUUUUGGGCCCCACGGGCGGUGUGGGACCCAUGGGCAACUGGGCCGGUGGCGAGUCAAGUGUGUCCACCGGCGUUUCCGCGGCUGCCAUGACCUCCGCCACGACCGCUGGUUCUGGCACAGCGCGAGAUGGCGGCGGCUUCCCCUACGGCGCGCCCGUGGAACUUAACGGCUACAACACAGGUGUGCCAGCAGCCCCGAUGCAACACAAGAAUAAGAACAAACGCAAUGGAACGCCUGGACACAAACGAGCAGACCCGAAGAUUCUCGCACCCAACCGACCCAAUAAGAAGACCGGCAAACCCCGCAACGCCGGGCCCUACGACUACCCCCCCUCCAUUGACCUCACCGAAUCCGGUCCAGACAACCAAUCCUUCCAACUCUACGCCGCCGCCUCCAGGGAACCCGCUGCCGCUGCCGCCGCCGCCGUCUAUGGGGGCCCCGGAGGCCCGGCGGCUACCGCCUACACGCAACCUUCCAACACUUACGGUGGACCCAAUAUCGGUUACACACAACCCAUCAAUACUUAUGGAGGAUCGGGCGGACCCGCGUCUGGCCGUUUGCGCCGUCCCCGCGGUCCCGAACCUCCCGGCCGCGCUGGCCAGACAGCGACGCCACCGCCAAUGGCGGCCCCCGCUAUUCCACGCGCACGCGGUGGCAUCGCAGACGCCACCGCGUCCGGGGAACCCGCGGCCGAAAAGCGACGGCCCGCGCGCUCCGGCUUCGCGCCCUACUCCGGACCCACCGGCUAUGGCGCCUUCUCGCCCCCAGCCCAGCCAUCCAUGACCCAACCGCCGUCCAUGACCCAAUCGCUGUCCGUGAGCCAGCCGCCGUCCAUGGCGCAGCCGUCCGUGGCCCAAACCCUCUACAGCGAACCGACUGUCCCAGCCGGAAUGAUCGGGCAAGUGGGCCCGACGACGCAGGUUGCGGACGUGGGGGAGGCGGGUGAGCAGCCAUACGAGCAUAUCGGCUACGCAGCAGGCGGCGCAUCCGCCUCAGUAACUCCCGGAGCCCCUCAGACGGGUUCCGGACCCGGCCAGAUGUGUCCCGGAUCGGGGGCAAGUUCUUCCUCUGGGUUCGGUCAGACUUCGAGUCCCGGUUUUGGUAUUGGUCCUGGUGCCGGUCCUGUUGCGGCUCCAGGCUACUUAGACUAUGGGCAGCCGGUGGCGGAUGCGGCCUAUAGGAGGUCACUUCGACCUGCAGAGCAAGGCUGGGGUGAAACGGAUUAUCCGAAGACAGAGCCUUACCAGGCCGUUAUGGCGCCCGUGCACCUGACGUACGGACCGCAGGCGGGGACGGACGCAGCACCGAGGGCGAAUCCGCCAGCAGUCGUACCGGAACAGGCGGGUGGACCACACACGUUCUCUCAGCCCGAUAAUGCGGCUAGGGCGGACGCUGCAAGGGCGGACCCCAAGACCUAUGGUGCCAAAAUCUAUGGCGCCAAGACCUAUGGUGACAAGACCUACGGCGCUAAAACAUAUGGCGCUGCGGGAGAGUACCAGGCAUCAUUCGGUCGCGAAGACGGGAGUGCACCGGGAGCGUACGGCCAACCCCCCGUCGUUCCGGAGGAGGGCUGGCAGAGACAGACCUACUACCCAACAGGCGCUGGCCAGGCCAUGGGCACCGGGUACCCUGCCAGCGCUGGCUAUCCUGACCCGAACGAAACGGGGGCUGGACCGGCAGGGGCUGGACCAGGGCCGCAGUAUCAAACAUAUGGACAGCCGCCGCCGGCUCAAACUCACUCAAGUCAGCCUCAGCUUCACUCGGGUCAGCCUCAGUCGGGUCAGCCUCAGUCGGGUGCCUACAAUCCAGCCAGUUACGGAGGACCUUCUGGCUACGGAGGAGCUUCUAGCUACGGAGGAGCUUCUAGCUAUGGAGGAGCUUCUAGCUACGGAGGGGCUUCCAGCUACGGAGGACCGUCUAAUUACGCAGGGCCUUCCAGCUACGGCGGGCCUUCUCCUCAAGGAGGACCUUCUGGUCAGGGAGGGCCUUCUACUCAGGGAGGGCCAUCUGUUCAGGGAGGGCCCUCCGGUUACGGAGGGCCUUCUAGUCCGGGUGGGCCUCCUGCUCAGGGAGGGCCCUCCGGUUACGGAGGGCCUUCUGGUCAGGGAGGGCCUUCUACUCAGGGAGGGCCUUCUGGCUACGGAGGGCCUUCUGGUUACGGGGGGCCUUCCGGUCACGGAGGGCAGCCCAGGAACCAGUCGUACGGCCAGCAGGGUCGGACGCAGCCAGGGUUCAGCAGAGGGAGCGGACAAGGGUACCACCAGGACGGCCGGCAAGGCACGAGACAGAUGGACGCCCGUCCAGCAAGCUACCAGUCAGCCGGGCGGAACGGUCACCAGACAGGCGGCCACCAGAACUAUCAACAAAACUACCGCAACAACCGAGGCCAGAGCAGACACCAAGAAGGCUACCGCAACCGGCAGCAGGGCCAUUACAACGAAUAUAGACAGCCGGACACGCACCAGCAUAGACCAGGGCACCGAUCCCAAGAAACGUGGCAGCCAACGGACCCGGACCGAACGGGUUUCAGCCAACCAGGCGGCAACCAGCAAGGCUUCAGCCAACAAGGCGGCAACCAGCAAGGCUUCAGCCAACAAGGCCACUAUGCAUCCGACUCGCGACGAGGGCCUCAAAGCGAAUACCAGGGUCCGGCCCGAACGGAUAACUUCUCGCCGCCAGUCGGCCAGCCGCCGAGUGGCAACCCAGCCAGUGGUUUCUCAGCGAGCAGUUAUGCAACCGAGGGCCCCAGUGGCGGCUUCUCUCCUCCUCCUCAUCAGCAGCAACCGCAGCCGAUACGGACACAACAAUUGCGCAUGGCUGCUAACGCGGCUAUGGUUGCUGGCUCGGGUGUUACUGCUAACGCCAGGAUGCCUCCCCAGGACCAGGUCAACCGACAGUUCGUUCCGGUGGAGGGGAGACAGUGGGGCAACAAUCAAUGGGGCAACAGUGGUGCGAACAACGCGUUCACCGAAGAGGAAGAGCAACUGGACGAUGACUGGAACAGCGUGCUGCAACAACCUCCGCCGCCUCCCGCUGCCAGCGGCAAGGCGGAAUGGAACACGUGGGAGGCAGCACUUGGUCAACGAUGA